AAUCAAUUGAAUUAAAUAAAACCAGAAUAAUAAGAUAAAACGGCGGAGAGAUCUUCUUCCCCGCGGAGCUUUAACGAGUUGUGUUCUCGGCGAUUCGCAAGGGCAAAUUAACCAUUCUCGAUUCGCCUGGUUUUUGAGCGAAGAUGAUUUAUACAGCAAUCGACAAUUUUUACUUGACUGAUGAGCAGCUGCAGAAUUCAUCUUCGAGAAAAGACGGUAUUGAUGAAGCAACAGAAACUACUCUAAGAAUCUAUGGCUGUGAUCUCAUUCAAGAAAGUGGCAUUUUGCUUAAAUUACCUCAAGCUGUAAUGGCCACUGCUCAGGUUCUAUUUCAUCGUUUCUAUUGCAAGAAAUCAUUUGCUCGUUUUGAUGUGAAGAUCGUGGCUGCUAGUAGUGUGUGGCUUGCAUCAAAGCUGGAGGAGAGCCCUAGGAAAGCCAGGCAAGUCAUCAUUGUUUUCCAUAGAAUGGAAUGUAGAAGGGAGGGCUUACCUAUUGAGCAUUUGGAUGUCUUUUCGAAGAAAUUUUCAGAGUUGAAAGUGGAAUUGAGCAGAACAGAAAGACAUAUAUUGAAAGAGAUGGGUUUUGUUUGUCAUGUUGAACAUCCUCAUAAGUUCAUAUCAAACUACCUUGCCACCCUUGAGACACCUCCAGAGUUGAGGCAAAUUGCUUGGAAUCUAGCAAAUGAUAGUUUGCGUACAACAUUGUGUGUUCGAUUCAAGAGUGAGGUUGUGGCUUGCGGGGUUGUGUACGCUGCUGCGCGGAAGUUUCAGGUACCUCUUCCAGAGAAUCCACCGUGGUGGAAAGCAUUUGAUGCAGAAAAAUCUGGAAUUGAUGAAGUUUGUAAGGUUCUGGCUCACUUGUACAGCCUUCCAAAGGCACAAUAUAUACCAGUUUCUAAGGAUGGAACUGUAUUUACAUUUUCUAUUAAGUCUGUGGAUUCACAACCUCAGUCAACUCCAAAGGAAGUUCCACAAAGUCCAUCUGCUAAUAAUGACACCACUGUUAGCAAGACAACUUCAGCACCUGUUAUUCCUGAAUCUAAUGGAUCUAAGGGUUCAAUACUAAAAGCAGGAGUUGAUAAGCUGAAGGAGUCUAAGAAGAGUGAUGAUGAAUCCAAGAACAUACCCACUGAAGGAGAGGCAAGAGAAGAGCUUGUACAGAAAUCCAAGUUUGAGCACCGGUCAGAGGUGACUGGGGAAAGAAGCAAGGACAGAGACAGGGAAAGGGAGAAAGAUAGAGAUAGGGAGAGAGACAGGGAGAGGGACAGGGACAGAACAAAAAGCCGAGAUCGUGAUAGGGGCAGAGAUUCUGACCGGGAACGAGAGAGAUCUGAUACUGAAAGAGACAGAGUUAAGGAUCGAGGUCAUCGUACUAAGGAUAGAUCUAAGGAUUCAGGAGGACAUUCUGAGAAAUCAAAACGCCAUUCAUCACGAGACCGUGACUACUAUGGCUCCGGUUAUUCUUCAAGGGAGAAGGAUCGUCAUAGACAUUAUUAAUAUCGAUAAACUGCCACAACUUAGAACCUUCAAUCAUUCGUAAAGGUUUGCCUUAGCCUCUCCCAAAUUUUAAGGAUCUGAAAAAAAAAGUAGCCAUACCCUAGCAGUUUUAUUCAAGAUGAUUAUAUGCAGGAGCAUAAAAUAUUACAUGUUGUACUUGAAUUUUAUUUAAGAGUACAGAUAAUCUUCUGAUUUCUAGAUACACAAUCUUGAUUUGGUGAUUAAUUUUUGUACAAUGUUAUUUGACAACUAAGCCUUUUCUUGGCCA